GGUUGUCCUUGCAGUAUAAUUAAGUAGUUGCUGUGGCACUUUGCGUGGCGGUGGGUUUUUAUUUGUUUUUGUUUUUUUUUUACAUCCGCCUCUCUGUGUGGACUUUGAUGGAUGACAGUGAAUAUAUUUGAAAUGUCAUCGAAAUAGGGGUUGAACCUUCAAAGAGGUGCUAAGGAAUAACUUUACGAAAGAGUGUGAAAGACGAGCAGUGGCAAGUUUGGAGAGAGAGGAUGAGCGCUGGAGAGAGGAUGAGGGCCUGGUUUUAUGUCAAGAGCAAGAGGAAUACUGUGAGGACCGAGUGGCCGCUUGCUCCUUAAGGACAGAGAAGGAGAUGAGCGCGCCAGUGGACUGCGGCCUCCAGAUCCGCUUCAUCAAUAACCUCGGUGACACUGGUGGGGGGCAGCCUGGAUCCCAGCCCAAGCCCAAGACCAAGACCACCUCCAAAUAUGGUGUGGCUAUCAGAGUGCAGGAUAUUGCUGGCCAGCCGUAUGUGUUCCUGAAGGAUGGAGAGAAAGGAGACUCGUAUGGAGUCCAGCUCAGGACCCAAUACCCUUCUGGCUACAGUAGCCUUCCUCGGAGGAGAGAGAAGGAAGAGCCCAGAACACAGAGGGCAUAUGUGGGAGGCGGAGGAGGGCAGGGAGGGGCACUACGCCGCGCCCAAUCCCAUGGGUCACUACUAGAAAGGGAUGGAGAGGGAGGGGUAGGCCAUGAGGAUUUUCAGAUGUCUAGGCCUCCAGGGGACGGGAAGUCUGGUAGUUAUGGGAACCUGGAUGGAGGAUUAGGAGUAAGAGGGGAGAGAGAGCACACUCGGCGUGUCAGUGGCAGAGAGGGGAACAUGGGAAGAGAUAUGUGGGAUGGUUCAUAUAAAGCAGGGCUCAGUGAGUCGCAGGGGUCAUUGAGGGGCAGCCAGUCCAGUCCUGACCCUCCUCAACAAACAAGUGAGCUUCACUCUAAUCAGAGACAGACAUCUGUCAGCAGACUAGUAAACAAGUUUGAUGUUAACACUGGGGUCCAGCAAAGAGGCCUUCCUCCUGCUCAACAAGAUCCCAGAGCUGAAUCUCCUCUCCUCACCAACCCCUAUACCUCACCCACGCCCUCAACUUGCAACACUUUUGGACGCAGCCAGGCCACCGUCACCAAAUUUCCUGGACACUCUGCUUCUCAGUGGACUUCACCAGGGAGAUAUGCUACUGUGGAGACACCGCAGGCCAGUCUUACUGAGGCACAAGUGACCCCUGACCUUUUGUUGGACCAGAGUGCAGAGGUAAACAGUGAGGACGAGCAGGUCAUGCAGACAAUAUACAACAUCCUGAGACAAGGAACUAACGACAGUGAUGUUAUCAUCAAGCACAAAGUCAAGCUCAUCUUUCAGAAGAUUCAGAAUAUGAAGCUCAAAGAAAUCCCUAGAGAACAGUGGAUGAGAGAGAAGAGGGAGCUUGAGAGAAAGAUGGCUGAACUACAAACUGCCCUGCAGGAUUCAAGAAGGGACUCUGUUAACAAUCCUGAUCCUGCCCUGAAAGCUGAGCUAGAGUCUUGUCUGGAUGAAAAUGUGCAACUCCAGGAGAUGCUGGACCGGAAGAAAAUAGAAUUGAAUGAAACACAAUCAGAGCUGACUCAGCUGCGUAUGGAUAGGGAAAGUGCAGAGGCACAGGUCAGAGAGAUGGAGGACCAGCUGGCUGAGUUUCAGGAUGAACUGAGAAGAGAAAACGGCAACAAGACGGACCUGAUGUCCUGUCAGACACAGCUAAUGGAGGUCUGCCAGCUGAAACAGAAGGUGGAGGAGACACUAAGGCAGAAGGAGAGGGAGCUGACAGCUCUGAAAGGAGCUCUGAAGGAAGAGGUGGCCACACACGACAAAGAGAUAGAGGCACUUCGAGAGCAGUACAGUGCUGACAUGGAGAAGCUCCGCAGCAGCAUGGAGCAGGUGUCUCAGUCUCAUGCAGGGAUUGAGGCAGAGAGGUUGCGUGUCAAUGCAUCAGUUCGCUCCCUACAGCAGCAGUUGGAGGACUGUAGAGAUGAGAGCAGCCAUUGGAUGGCGCAGUUUCAUGCCACCAGAGACGAACUUCGAACAACUAAACAAGAGUUCCUGCAAGCUCGCCUGGAAAAAGAGGAGUUUGAGGAGGAGCUGAAGGUCUUACAGGAGAAAGUGGGCACCAUGAAACAAGAGAUACCAGACCCUAGCCACACACAGAAUCUUAAUCAGGAGCUCCAGCGUUGCACUGCUGAUCUUCAGAGGGCCAAGGCUGAGUUGGAGAAGCACAAGACCGAGUGUGACAGGAAGGUCCUGGAGGUUAUUGCCCUAAAAAAUUCUCACCUCGACCAAGAGGCAGAACUAAAGUAUGAGAUUGGCAGGUUAAAGAACCAGUUACAGAGGGCCAAAGAGGACUUCACCAAGGUGCAGGAGAAAAACAAACAGCUUCCAGACCCAACCAUCAUUUCAGAGCUGGAGCAGAAGCUUGGUGAGGCACGUAAUGAAGCUAGCCAGCUCAAACAGAAACUCUCACUGGCUGAGGAGGAAAUGGAGGCCAGUGAAACACGUUUCAGUAGAGCUCAGAUGGACCUUAAAUCUCUCCAAGAUGCCCAGCAGGAGCAGGAGGAGGCCAACACACGACUCAAAGAAAAACUCUCACGGUUAGAGGCUCAGCUGCAGACCAGUGCCACAGAAAGCUCGGAGGCAGAGCUCGUCCUCCACGCUGAGAUGAGAGGGCUGAGAUCUGAGCUAGAUGAGGCCAAGAGAAAAGCAUCCAGACUAAGUCAGGAGAACUGUGAACUCAGCCUGCGCCUGGAGGAUGCAGAGAAAGACAAGGAGCCACUCAAACAAAGCAUCAGCCAGCUAGAAGACACAAAGCAUCAACAGGAGAGGGAUCUGGAGAAACUCAACAAAGAGUAUGAGUCUCUGACCAUAUCCUCAAGAGAGGAGGUGCAGGCUCUCAGGGUUCAGAUGGAAGAACAGAGAGAGAAAGCACGCAAGGAAAUGCAGGAGCUGCAACGUCACGGAAACAACGCUCAGACUGAGCUAGACAGAAACCAGUUAAAUCUGAGGAGAUUGGAAGAAGAAAUUUCACGACAGAAGAAGGAGCUUCUGCUUGUAUGUGAGGAGAGGGACAACCACCAGCUGGAUAAGGAGCUGCUUGUCAACAGAUUGCGCCACCUUGAGGGGGAGUUAGAGGCCAGCAAAAACAGCCACAAUGAGAAAACCCGGGAGAGUCGCAUCCUGGAGGACAAGCUGAAGCAUGUGGAGUUGGAGCUGGAGGAGGAGAGAAGCAAUGUGGAGAUGAUGACAGACCGAAUGACCAGGAGCAGAGACCAGAUCGAUCAGCUUCGGUCUGAGCUCAUGCAGGAGAGGUCCUCCAAACAGGACCUAGAGCUAGACAAAAAUGCCAUGGAGAGACAUCUGAAGGAGCUGAGGUGUCGUGUUGCUGACAUGGAGGGCCAGUCGCGCUCCUCAGCAGGAGUCUCCCAGCUGGAAAACAAGAUCCUGGAAUUGGAAGAACGCCUACAUAGCGAGGAAAGGGAGAAGAACUCUGUGUUGGCGUCUCAGCGACGUCUGGAGAGGAAAGUUAAAGAGCUCAACAUGAUGCUGGAUGAGGAGAGACAAACGCACACUGAACAGAGAGACCAGCUUGCUCUAAGAGUGAAGGCUCUAAAGAGGCAGGUGGAUGAAGGAGAGACAGAGCUGGAAAGGAUAGAUGGGCUGAGGAGGAAAGCUCAGAGAGACAUGGAGGAACAGAUGGAGCUUAAAGAGGCCCUGCAGGCCAGAGUCACUGCACUGGAAACUGAGCUCAAGAGGAAAGCUCAGGCAGCAAUGCGCCCAGCUUUGGAUUCAUCAGCCCUCAGCUCGGACGAUGACGACAGCCUGUACGACCCCUCGGCCAUCACCUCCAUCCUCACUGAGAGCAACCUGCAGACCAGCUCCUGUUAAAGCAGCACUUCAGGGACAGGAAGAGGGUGGGACAAUGUGGCACUGUUUGAAGAAAAUGGAGGGAAGUAUAGGUUAUCUGCUUUGUAAAUUGGAAGCUACGCCAAAAGGCAGGCUGGAUACAAUAAGCUGCAUAUUAUAGAGGUUAGCAGGGGAGUCAUUCUCCACACUGAAGUGAAUGGAAAGAAACAAAACAUUCUUUUCAUUUCAGGAACUUCCUUCAGGCUACAGUGUGCACACAUGUACCUCACACUACAGUUGGAUCAAAUUUAUGCACAUAGUAUACCACCAAACAUAUAGCACUACACGAGGUAUUCCAACAUAUAAAACACAGUCACUAUGGCUGGAUAAAAAUAGCAUAAAUAGAAAAUACCUCUUGUUUUUUUGUUUGUUUUUGGUACAAAUACAGUGUGUCAGUUCGUUUUAGGGGUAAGAUUCUGGCGUCAAGCACUUACGGUUUUAAGUCGGGCUAUGACUGAAUAACAAAUAAUACUCAUCAUUUCCUGGUCCAUUUAGUUUACAUCUUAAACUUAGGCUUUCUCCGUAGCACAGCCAUCCACUCACUGAACCUACAAAUUCUGCACCAUGCACAAAAGUUAAGUAGAACUACUGGAAGACUUGGACCAAACGAUGACACCGAGUGCAUUAAUGAUAGCCACAACUGACUGAAAAUCUUCAUGCUGAUUUUGUGAAAGAUAAUUUUUCCUGAGGAAAUCUAAUGGUUCAAGUACUGCAAAUGAUUCUUGAUUAACUGAAAAUCUGAAAAUAAAUGUGUUUUUGUAUUUUAACUAUGGAGUAGGUCUGUCCUCUGCCUGAAGAUAGUGUGGGACACCAAACUUCACUGUCACAUGGUACAGAUUCUAACAAUUCUGGAUUUUAAAAUCUAGUAAAGUGAAUUCAGUACCAUCUGGAGGGAGGAGGUUCUCUAACGGUACUUUUAAGUCUUGCAAAUUCACUAGGGUUGAGAUGGACAGAGUCGAUGGUGGGCUUCGGAUCAUGAUAGGCUCUGGCUCCCCAUGUUAAGAGUACUGCUGAAUGCCAUGGAGGUGUAUAUGUUCAACAUGUUGACCAGGAUAGCGGGUGCUGAGGUGGGCCAGAUAGCAGCUGUGCCUGCCUGGACCGUGUUGACACAACAGCAUUAGAAUAUGCUGGAUGUGUAAAACCAGACGGUGCUGAAUGCAUUGCAUGUCGCUGAUAGGGGGGCCGGUCCUGCAGGGGUGGUUACUGCAGGGCAGAGUAAUGGUCAGCCCGGCCUCCAGCUCCUUCUGGUGCAUUACAAUGAAACUGGCCUAAGCAUUGUAGUGCUGCCUUUGGCUGACUGUGGCGUAAGCAAAGGCAGUCCUACUACAAGUAGCAGAACCUUUAAUUAUCUGUAACUCCAGCAUCACCCUGUUGAGAGAAUCCCAUCAGUAGCAGACACCUUCGUCAGUUCUUUCAUGUCUCUGUUACUGUGAUCCAGAACCUGCAGCUGUGUGACAGUUUUCAUUUCUGAUGAUAUGCGGAUUUCAGAAAAGUUUGAAGCAGAGUAGCUGGGCCUCAUGUUCUGAUGUGGUGAUGAGUGUACCAGUAGAUAGGUUUGAAUACCAUCCUCUGUCCCUUGACACGUAGGCUGCAGGGAUGACAAGUUCCAAAGUAGUAUUAAAUAGUACAAAUGUGAUUGAAACUUUACAGUAACAUGGUGUUUCUAAUUAGUUUUACUGUUGCUCCACCUAUAAGCUUUUAUUCACUGUAUCUGGAACAAAAACACUUUUGAUUUUGUUUCUAUGUUUGAGGGCAGAGAGGGCUCUGCUUACAAAUUGACUUUGCUUUGUCAGAAUAUGAUGUAUAAAAGUGGCUAUCCACUUUUAAAGCAAUAUAAUGGCCAAAUUAUCUUCUCUGUCUGUCUGGUAGAAAGUGAAUUUGUCGAAGUUGCACAAUUUGUAUGCAUUUUGUUGUAUUAAGUCACUGAAACAUUUCAUUAUGAUGCCUUAAAACUGCUAUAAACAUUUGGAAAUUCA